CACAUUCGACAAAGAAGCAUGGCGUCACAGCUGUCAAGGGAAGCUGGAUGCGAACAGAUUUGUUGUGUUUUUUGAACAUUUAAGGUCACUUACGCUUCCAGGUGUGUAACGGUAUCUCAUUCUCAUGGUUUAGUCGGGUUUUUUUAACUUGCUAUCAGACUUUAAGCGGCUAAAAGACAGCUAAAGACGAACAUGCAUUCCCUAAAGGUCGGUUAUUUGGCGCUGGCUUCGUCGAGAGCGUCGCGCUCAAGCAGGCUUUUCAGUCCUGAGUUUAUCAACUCAUCGGCUUGCUGUCAUUGUUCUGAUGGUCAGGCUCGUUUCGGUCAUACAGUGGCCAAGCCGGAAGAGACUCAAGUCAUUCGUGUCCCUCGCUACUUGCAGAAGCAGGUUGAGAACGUGAAACAAACGCGGGGCAAAAACAAGAUCAACACCAUCAAAGCUGGCAAGCUCCUGGUCCAGAGCAAGAAUCCAGUUCUGAACCAGUCUGCAGGAUACAUACUUGGGAAAUUUGAGCAGCCUGUUCUCUCCUCAAAAGGUUGGAAACAUACCAAAUCCUUCGGGGACUAUUUCAUCAUCAACAACACCAAGACUACUGCACCCUUUGUUGGUGAAAAUCAGAAGGAGGACAUUGAACAGGAGACAGCCGAGACAUUUAAUAAACUCCACAUCUGCAAGGAGCUGCUGGAAGCUUUGGAGAGAGUAAAUAUUACCCAUCCAACCACUGUACAGCUUCAGACCAUCCCAAAGGUCAUGAAAGGUCACAAUAUUCUCUGUGCGGCUGAAACAGGCAGUGGUAAAACACUGAGUUACCUCUUGCCUAUUGUUCAUCGACUGCAGGCUGUUAAGAAAUCAGAGAUGGAUUCUGAGAACACGCGCAAGAUUCGCACUGUGGUGCUCGUGCCUUCCAGGGAGCUGGCUGAGCAAGUAGCAGCUGUGUCCAGGACUCUCUGCGCUCCGUUCGGUUUCCUGACGCGGACCGUGGGUGGUGGGCGAGGUGUAGGAAACAUCAAGACGGUCUUCAAGAGGGAUCAGCCUGAAAUAGUGGUGGCUACCCCGGGCGCCCUGGUAAAGGCCCUGCGGAGAGGCUGCCUGGAGCUGAGUGAGCUGAGCUUCUUUGUGGUGGAUGAGGCCGACACCAUGUUUGACCCUAGCUUUUGUGAUAUGCUGCAGGACAUCCUGCUCCACACAAACAUUGCCAGUGAUCCGAAGGAAACGCGAGGUCCUGGCCACAAAGCGCAGCUGCUGGUCGUCGGGGCCACCUUUCCUGGCGGUGUUGGAGAGGUGCUCAACAAAGUGACAGACCUGGGCAGCAUUGUGGUUAUCAAGAGCAAGAUGCUUCACUUCCUCAUGCCUCAUGUGAAGCAGACUUUCCUGAAGGUGAAGGGCGCUGACAAGAUCCUGGAGCUCCACCAAGCCCUGAAGCUGCUGCAGCAGAAAAAAGGAGUACUGGAGGGUUCUGUCGUGGUGUUCUGCAACAAGUCCACCACGGUGAAUUGGCUGGGGUACUCGCUGGAGGAGAUGGGGGUACAGCAUGCACGUCUGCAAGGGGAAAUGCCUGCUGCAGUCCGCGCAGGAAUCUUCCGCUCCUUUCAGAAGGGCUUGGUUGAAGUGCUGAUAUGCACAGACAUUGCCUCGCGAGGCCUGGACACGUCUAAGGUGCAUCUGGUUGUCAACUAUGAUUUCCCAGAAUCCCACACAGACUAUAUCCACAGAGCAGGGAGGGUGGGAAGAGCAGGAGGGGUGGAGGAUGGGGAGGUGUUAAGCUUUGUUGCUCAUCCGUGGGAUGUGGAGUUGGUACAAAAGAUCGAGACGGCUGCACGCAGGAGGACUAGUUUGCCAGGGAUGGAAUCUGAUAUACAUGAGCCAAAACCAAAGAUAGUGGAAGAAGAGGAGGAGAAGACUUUUGUAUAAUUGUCAAACUUGUUACGGUUUCAGAAGUGUUGGAAAGUCAAACUAAUUAAAUUGUAAGAAAGAUAUGAUCCAAUAGGAAUGUAAUAAGCAAUGUUUGUCUGUGCACUCAGACUUUGAAAUAUCUUGUUUUUAUGAAGGGAUCAUGAUAAAAUUCCCCAGCUGUACUUGAUCUUAAAAAUGGAUGAAAAUUAGUAAAAGGUACAAUUUUUACUUUGUUCAAACAUUUCAACAUGUUGUCAGAAAAACAAGUCACGUGUUGCUUUAUGGUCAAACUGCAGCCUGGAUACAUGAACUUCUGGUAAAAGUACUUAUUGCUCAUUUUCAUUAAGUAUAAUUUAAAGACAAAGCUUUUUCACUAGUGGAAAUAUGGGCAACACUUUCAUGUGUUUUUAAUUUAAUUUUGUUUUGUUGUUUAAAUGUUAUAGCCUGUGCUUCCUGGUAAUAAUAACUUAUGCUCAGCAGGUUCCAUUAUUUUCAAUUACCUGAUGCAAUAUAUUUGUUUAAAUAUGAUUCAUUUUCAAAAUAAACAGCACGUGUAUCAUU